AUGAAUCGCAAGAGAAGCCUCUCUCCUUUAACGCUUUGGAAAGCGGCACAUGUGUUCAAGCACCAAAACCUAGAGUGUUGGUUUCAAUUUGCGAAGGAUGGAGAAUCACACAACAAGGUGUUUGCAUCUGAUUUCGAACGAACAAGGAAGCGAGCGAAACUGGAAGACGAAAAACCAUUCAUGACGACUUUCAGUGUUGGAAUACGUCCAACUCGAAAUCAGAAAAGAGUGCUGAACGAGAUGUUAAGAGUGAGCAAUCACGCUUACAACUGGUGCAACUAUCUCGUUUGUGAAAAAAAUCUGAAGCCUAAAGAGUAUGACUUGCAGAAGUAUGUGAGUAAGACUAAUUCCAGUGACGUUCCAACAGAUUUCAGAAUGAACAACAACGACGACUGGUAUUUCAAUAACAAGAUGACAAAGAUCAGAGACGCAGCGUGUAAAGAUUUCUGUACCAUGUACAAGUCGGCAUUAACGAACCAAAGGAAGAAGAAAAAGUACAUCAAGACCGUGAGUCUUAAAGACAAGGACGAUAUGAAUCCAAGUCAUGGAGCGUUUGAGAUUCAGAAGGCGCUAAUUCGUAAAUUGAAGGAGACGGACAGUGACGAUUAUGAUAUCCUAAACAACUGUUUAUCGGUCAUGGCUGACAAUUUUACGAUGCGAAGGAAGGAUGUAAGAAAUCGAUUCCUGCGCUUGUCUAAACCAGUGAGCAAACUGCCACCUUUAGAACAUGCCGUUAAGAUCGUCAAGACAGCGAAAGGAAAGUUCGUCUUACAUAUACCAUGCGAUCCAACUUACACGAGGAGCAAACGGUACGACGAACCAUUCGAUUCUAUGUGUGGCAUCGAUCCUGGCGGAAGAACGUUCUUGACAAUAUACGAUCCAUCAAAGCCACGGGCAUUUCAAAUUGCAUCUCGAUGUAAAGCGCCAUCUAAGCCAGUUCGUAAACGGACAAAGAAAAAGGGGGAAAAAUGGCACAGGAAAAAGAAAAGUCAGCGCCGGGUCGGGAGCACCAUAGAAAAGAUUGACAGUCUGCACGCAAAAAAAGACUAUGUUAAUUCAAAAAUGCAAGCAGCCAUACGGCGAAAGCAGCCCCAAGCAAAAAAAGAUCGGCAAAGACAAUUACAAAAGGUGUAUUAUCAACUAGGUAAUGUUAUCAGAUGGGUACAUCUUCGUUGUACAUACAAUCUGAUGCAAUACUCGUACGUAGCCAUUGGAAAGAUAGGCAUACCUAGUAUCAUUCGAAGGCAAUGUAAUGGAAAACGAAGACGUAUCAACAAAAAAUCCGUACGUCAUCUGACAGUGUGGAAUCAUUGCAAGUUUCGUGAAAGGCUCGUGUAUCGGGCCAAAGGCACAAAGACCAAUGUUAUCGUUCAAGAUGAAAGCUAUACGUCCAAAACAUGCAGUGAAUGUGGAACUAUAAACAGCAAAUUAGGAGGCAGUGAAACAUUCAAGUGCACAAAUCCAAGCUGCGAUUACAUUACAAACAGAGACGUGAAUGGUGCUAAAAACAUUCUUAGGAAAUCUCUCGGUAUCGGCUCAAUUAAAACGUACCGUGCAUGA